AUGGAGUGUGGAACCAAGCUUUCAAAGUUUGAUGAAGGUGUAGAUGUGGAUCCAACAUAUUAUGGAAGCUUGAUUGGAAGCUUGAGAUACUUGACUUGUACGAGACCAGAUAUCAUGUAUAGUGUAGGAAUCGUGAGUCGAUACAUGGAGAAACCAAAGUCGACUCAUCUUAAAGCUGCAAAAAGGAUACUUUGCUACAUCAAAAUUACUAUCGAUCAUGACUUACACUACACUCAGUCUAAAUCAUUUCAGCUUAGAGCUUAUUCAGACAGUGAUUAUGUUGGAGAUAUCGAUGAUCGAAAAAGCACUACAGACUUUGUAUUUUUCUUGUGUGACACUGCUUUUACAUGGUCAUCAAAGAAGCAACCCAGUGUUACUCUAUCAACGUGUGAAGCUGAAUAUGUAGCGGCGUCCUCAUUUUUUUAUGAACGAAGCAAACAUAUCGAUGUUCGAUAUCACUUCAUUCGAGAGCAAGUAAAAGAGAAAGAAAUCGAAAUUUCUCAUGUGAAGUCUGAAGACCAAGUAGCCGAUAUUUUUACAAAACCUCUCAAGGUCGAUGCAUUUUGGAAGUUGAAGAGCUUACUUGGAAUGAUCGAUGGAAGAGAAUUUGGUUUAAGGGGAAGUGUUAGAAAUCAAACCAAAUUCAUGAAUGUCGAGACUAUAGAUAAGUUGUCGAGUCAAGGUUGA